UUCGGCAGUUUCCGCCGACAUUUAAACUUCGCCCUCGGGAUGAGCAGAGGAUGCAAGAUGGCGGCGGCCCAGCUCUACUGUGUGUGCCGGCAGCCGUACGAUCUCAACCGCUUCAUGAUCGAGUGUGACAUCUGUAAGGACUGGUUCCACGGCAGCUGUGUGCAGGUGGAGGAGCAUCAUGCAGCAGAUAUUGACGAGUAUCACUGUCCUAACUGUCAUCCCAUCCACGGACCCUCACUCAUGAAAAAGAGGAAUAACUGGCACAGACACGACUACACUGAGGAUGAUGAUGAUGGUAGACGGCCGGUUCAGGCUGGAACAGCCGUCUUCAUACAGCAGCUGCAGGCCAGGAGCUUCCCCAGUGCUGAUGGGAUCGUGCUGCGGAUGCAGGGAAGUCAUGUGACCCGGCACUACCUUGAGACCGAGGGCUUCAAUUACCCCAUCGCAGUGCAGGACAUGGAGGGGCUGGGACUCAGACUGCCCCCACCUCACUUCUCCGUCAGAGACGUCCAGCACUAUGUCGGCGGAGAUAAAGUGAUCGACGUGAUCGACGUGGCCCGGCAGGCCGACAGCAAGAUGAAGCUCAGAGAGUUUGUCAAGUAUUAUUACCAACACGAGCGUCCCAAAGUGCUCAACCUCAUCAGCCUGGAGUUCUCAGAUACCAAGAUGGCCGAGCUGGUGGAAGUGCCGCGAAUCGCCCGCGAGAUGUCCUGGGUGGAGAAGUACUGGCCGGAUGACUCCAUCUUCCCCAAGCCGUUUGUGCAGAAGUACUGCCUGAUGGGGGUGAAGAACAGCUACACUGACUUCCACAUCGACUUUGGAGGAACCUCCGUCUGGUACCACGUCCUCUGGGGAGAGAAGAUUUUCUACCUGAUCCAGCCGACUAAGACCAACCUGGCGCUGUACGAGUCGUGGAGCUCGUCAGCCAAUCAGAGCGAAGUAUUCUUCGGAGAGAAGGUGGAGAAGUGCUACAAGUGUGUGGUGAAGCAGGGCACCACCGUGCUGCUGCCUCCAGGUUGGAUCCACGCGGUUCUCACGUCUCAGGACUGCAUGGCGUUCGGAGGGAACUUCUUACACAACCUGAACAUCGACAUGCAGCUCAAGUGUUACGAGAUGGAGCGGAGACUGAAGACUCCAGAUCUUUUCAAGUUUCCGUAUUUCGAGGCCAUCACCUGGUACGUGGCCAAGAACCUGCUGAAGACGCUGAAAGAGCUGCGAGAGGAGAAGCGUCAGCCUCAGGAAUAUCUAAUAGAGGGAGUGAAAGCUUUAAUAUCCGCCCUGAAGACGUGGCUGAGGAGGGAGUUGACGGCAACGAGCAGCGAGAUUCCGGACCACAUCCAGCCGAGCCUCCUGAUCAAGGAGCUAAGCAGAGAGAUCCGUUACCUGGAGGAGCCGGAGGAGGAUCCGAGUAAGUCGGUGAGAUCUCUGGGAGACGCGGAGAGCCUGUCCGCUCGGUCCUCGCUCAGGAGACGCCGCCAGGCGCGGAGAGCCGCCCGACGACUCGGAGACCUCCAUCGCCAUCACCAUCACCAUCUACACCAUCAUCACGAACCCAAGCUCAGAUCCAACCUGGACAUCCUGGAGCUGCACACCCGGGCGGUCCUGAAGAGGCUGGAGGUCGGCCCCCUGGACGAGCAGGACGCGCGCGUGAGCUCCAAGGUCAACAGGAAGUUCAAGAAGGUUUUCCAGCCGUCUGCUGUAACCAUUGAGAGUAACCAUGACAACGCUCUGCGGCUGGUGCUGUGUAACGGCAGGAUCACAUGCGAGAGGCUGUGUCUCAGUAACAGAGCGCUAAAAUCGGAGAAGGACGAGACGUCGCCGUGCCAACAGUACCAGGUCAAACUGGAAAGCCCGUCGCCGUGCCAACAGGAAAAAGUAAAAGUGGAGUCGGGGUUACAGUGCGUGGGUCAGGUCGCUCAUCACGAACUCAGGAUAAAACUGACGAACCUCUCAGGGCUGCAGAAGGAGGAAGAGGAAGAUGACGAGGAUGAUGAUGAUGAUGAUGAUGAAGAUGAUGAUGAUGAGCAGGACAGUUCAGAUUCAGGGAGCUCUGAGGACGAAGAGGAGCGUGAGAUGCCUGUGAUCAGGAACUCAGGGAGUUACCAUCACCAACCACUCAAACGGGAGCGUCCUUCCUCCCCCGGCAGGGUGCCAGAGGGGGGCGCUGUGCCUCAGGAGACGUGGUGGAGCAGCGGCAGUAGCAGCGCGGUGUGUGUCGGCGGAAGAAACGGCGGUUCAGUAGAGGAGUGUUUAUACAGCGAGAGCUCACUGUCUCUGGCACUGCAUCCAACAAAACGACACACACACAACCCCAGCCCCAUCAACAACCAGGCCACUAAAGGAAAGCGUCCGAAGAAAGGCAACGCGACGUCCAAGCCGAGGCUGAGCAAGCUGAUGAAGAUGAGCACACACACUCGACUGCUGUUAUAACAUGACAGCAAUACACACGUUUCACUACCUAACACACACACACACACACACACACACACACUCAUACCUUGCAUGUUUAAGCUCCAAGGUAUGCAGAAAUGGCACUAGCACACUGAUGCGGCACAGCGAAUAAACACACAGCGCACACACACUCUGGGAAACUCACUGAGGUUUUAUUAGAUAAAAGACAAAAAACUAAACAGAAAUGCAGGGAAACGUGUGACUGAGGAGCCAAAUGUAUACGGAAUUGUGUGUGUGUUUUUGUUUGUUUUUGUUUUUGAUUAUGAUUAUAAUUUUUAAACAUAAAUUUAGGCAGCUUCUGCAUGUGCAGUGUUUCAGCGGCACUAACACGUCCCUGUUCAGCGAGAGACCUGGACCGGGCCCUGAUCAGGACGAUCCGUCCACAAACCCAUAUCUGCACUAAUUACAUCAUUCCUCAUUAAUAAGAAAAAAUAAGUCAAUCUUCGGCCUGGUAGAAACUUUACACUCACAUCUGAAGAGCUUUUCCAGCUGAUCCUUCCAGGCGCUCGAGUUAGCCGUGUUCAGCGUUCGCUCGCUAAAUUGGGCUAAAGCUAAUUUUCUGACAUUCUAAGAUUUUAGGCAUGCGCGUGAAUUAACACACACACACACACACAAUGCUUACACGAACAUUUGAGGACGCCUGAAGAAACAUUUGAGCACGUCUGUGUGAUCUCGUGCUUCUCAGUGCCGCGCGACUGUAACGCCGUCCUAAAUGCUACACAAUGAUGUAAGACGGGGUUAACUUCAGUCUAGCACAUUGUCCUCCUGUCACGUCCAACACUUCAUGACAUUUCUCUACAAUAAGAUUUAGAUUUGUUUUGUUUGUUUCACUUAAAUGAUCUUUAUUAAAAAAUAUAAUAAUAAUUAGAAAAACACUAGUAACCUGAACACCAACAUGAGCUGCCUCAUUUUAUUAUGUUCCUUUUUUUAAUCUGAUUAACACUUUACACUCUUAGUGACCCCUAAGCAUUAAACACACGUGUGUGUGUGUGUGUGUGUGUGUGUGAGAGUGUAAUGAUCAGGCAGCUUUAUUAGUACCGAGUUCUCUAGCAUUAGCACACCUUCCAUUAAUCUCAGCUCGUUAGCGUUCUUAUUAACUUCCAUGAAACAAGUACCUGUUGUCACUUUGCUACAGCAGCUACACACACACACACACACACGUUCUGCUUUAAAUCUCGAGCUCGCAUCCUCGUCUGUCCUGAGAGUUGGAAGACACUUUUAAAGGGCCGGUCCUGAUCCUGAACCAGGGCGUGUUAGAGUGUCGGUGCUGGAGCGCGGGCCAAGUAAGUGUGUGUGUGUGUGUGUGUGUGUGUGUGUUUUUUCUUUCUCUUCAGCCAAUCACUCCGUACAAACUGCAGUAGGCUUUUCAUUCCCUCUCCUACCUCCACAUGGAACCUGUAGCAGAACUCUGUGUGUGUGUUUCUUGGGCAGCUUUUCUUUGGUUUCCUGAUGUGUGUAAAUAUCCGCUCCUCGCGCCUCCACUUUCAGCGUUGCUCUCUACCCCCUCUCCCUGAUCGGCUCGGUGUGAUGGGACGGUUCGGUGCUCGCUGGACUUCAGGGUCAUUUCUAAUCCGUCUGAACGUUUUUUUAAACACUGCUGAAAGCAAUAAUUGUACAGUGUUUGAUUAGUGGAUUGAUUGAUUGAUUGAAUUGAUAAGGUGUUUUUGUUUUUUUACACAUAUAUAUUUAAUCUGAUCAGUAGCUAUGGAGUAAUUCCAUUUAUUUUAUUUUUUUUUUUACCCCCGAGGUGUUUUUAUUUUGUUGUUUUUGUAUUUGAUUUGUCGAUCAUUAGGCCGAGUGAUUCAGUGGUGGCUGAUGCACUGGAAAAAAAAAAAACUGUAGCAAACGUUAUCUUUGUUGUUAUUAGCGGGCGUUUCCCGGUCACUCUGGUGCUUCCCGGUUGUGGGGAUCAGUUGAAGCGGAACUGACGGUGACGGUCACGUAUAAAAACCCAGCUUCAGUAGCGGCUAAUCUGUCAGGUGCUAACGUUAGCUAGAUAAAUCAGUUAAACCCAAAUUAAACAUCGCUUAAAUCAGACCGUUUAAGUCACAGAGUUAAACUAAAGUAAAUUUUAUGUAAAAAAAAAAAGAAUUAUGAUAUAAUCCAUCCAAUAAUAAUUCCAGUAAAUUAAAAGAAAUUGUAUAAUAGCUGGUCUGGGUCGGUUACUGCCGCAGGAGCCGCGUCAGGCUAAUUCGCCAAACUAGACUAGCUGUGUCGGGGCUUGGAGAAUUUACCACAAUAAUAAGAAUAAAAUGUAAAAAACGAUACUGACUUCUGAGCUGCUUCAAUUUUAUAGAAGCUUUGGGGAAAUAUAAUAGUUUAUUUAACAUUAAACUCAAUUAUCUGUUGUUGUUGUUAUUAUUAUCAUCAAAUAAUUCUGACGGGUUUAUUUAUGUGGGGGGGGGGUCAUCAACACUGGUUUAUUUGAAUUCAUUUUAACCCCUGAGGUAAAUUCAGAUAUUUUAUUAUUGUUUUAAGUAAAGCCUUAAUUUAUUUAUCUAAUUUUUGCUUUUAAAAGUAUUGAAAAAUAAGAAAUGAAUUUGUAUUGUUGUGCAUGUGUACACAUCAAAAGUACUGUGCAGCAAAACAGGAACAAAUACAGCACUGUGCAAAAGUCUGGGCACCCAGCGUUCUCCAGUACAAACUGUUCUGUAGAUUUUAUUAUCGAGUAACAACAGAAACAUUUCAGAUUUAAAAAAAAAUAAAUAAUCAGUAUUUCAUCACAAAAUAAGUUCGAGAAAAAAAAAAUUUGACCGCCUGAAAAAGAAAGCAGUAGUUGGAAGUUGCCAGGUUUUGCGUGCCAUAAAUAAACAAUUGUGACUGAGAGUCCUGAGGCCGUGUGUGUGUGUGUGGUUCUGCAGGACGCUCAUCAAAACUUGGUCAUUAAUUGUUUUAAUAAUAUGAAAUAUUAAAACGAACAAACACAAAGUGUUGACACGUGACCCGUUCAGCUGUCAGAGCCGAUGUUGCCACGGUAACCGAUUCCCUUCACCUCGGUGUUAGACGAGUGUUUGCGAACGAUUCCGGGGAACGCCCGCAGGUUUCACUCCUCCGGCACGUCGACUUCAUACCUCUGUAGCUCUCGUUUAAUUUAAUCUGGUUUUAUUUUAACAGAGCGACGGAGAGAAGCGCGAUGUUACUGUGACACUGGUGUUUAAUUAAAGGUGGUGAUGAUGAUGAUGAUGAUGUGUGUGUGUGUAAAGCUCAGGGAGAGAGAACGACGAUGUGUUUAUCCCGCUUCACUUCUCUACCCACGUGUGUGAUGUUUUAUCUGUGUUUCCCGUAAUGUCCUUUUUGGCUGUUAACUUAUUCAUUUCUAAGUGAUGAUGGUGAUGAGGGACGAUUUUGUGCUUCCUGUUCCCGGGUGUUGAUUUAUUAUUAUGUUUGUUUGUUUGUUUUUUCCUUUGAUCUCCACUGUGUAAAUAUUUGAAUUGAAUAUUUGUUUGUUUUUUGUAAUUGAACGAUGAUUUGUUUGUAACAGCUUUUGUAGUAAAGAUGGGUGAAGGUUGUGUGUCGAUUCCUGAGACGAGAUGAAAGGGUGAACUUGGUGAAAUUUUUUGUCACAUAAUGAAAGAAAAAAAUGUAAAAAAAAAUAAAUAAAUAAACAAAGAGCCAACUGA